AUGAGGGCACAAGCUGUCGUGCUCGCCUACUCGCUGUUGGCGUCCGCGCUGCUGUGCCGGAGAGCCGCGGCCUCGCCGGCGUUCAUCGUCGGGAAGCUCGUCAUGGGCGGGCUGGAGUUACGCCGUCCCGUGAUGGACACCAUGACGGCGAAUCAGUCAACACCACUGCAACUUUCGACGGCGGCGAGCGAUGGAAAUGUGGACGGACUCCAUCCGAACUGGUUGUCUUUGCUCCCGGAAAUAACCUCACCGCUGGACCGGAACCAUCCCUUUGGCGAACAAGGGAUCGUGCUCGAUCACUUGCUCGUGUUUUUGGUGCUCUUUGUUGUGUACAUCUUCCGCUGA